UGAGAUGGUUGAUGUCAGAUGUCAGGGGCAAGUUGGAAGUGGACUCGUGGACUGUGUGUGGACUGUGGACUGUCGCGGGAGAGCAGAUAUCCCCCUGACGGAAGGGUAUAUAAAUCUCGACAAGGUCUUCAACCCGAUGCCUGAUUCUUCUCUCUCCUUUCCUUUCUUCACAUCCCAUCAGUCGGCUGUCCCACUGCACAUUCUCUCACUCUCUUUCAAGUUUCUUGUCUGUCAUUCUUUAAUACUCCCUUGUUGAGCUUGGGGUUUUAGUCUUUCCUUCUUUAGCUGACAUUCGUUACACCAUCUCACUCUCUUGACCCUGUGCAUCCUUCAAAAUGAAGGCCGCCUACUUUAUCCUGCCGCUGUUUGCGGCUCUUACUUCGGCACGAGCAGUUGACCAUGUCGCCAGAGCCGAGAAUUCCGUCAGUGAAUGUGCCGACUUGUUGAUGGCCUGCCUUGCAGAGGUUUCCAGCACCGGCCAGUCCAACCCACAAUGUGCGAAGUAUGAGCAGGAUUGUGGUGACCAGUCCCUCCGCCAUUCCCCCGUCAAUGCCCGUGAUGCUCCUGCUCCUGCUCCUCCCGCUCAGCCUCCUAAGGGCACCGCCCCCAAGGUCCCCGAUUUCAAGGUGUUCUCUGCACGCGUCAAGAGUACCGUGGAAGCCCAUGGUGGUGGUAAAGUUGAUGCCGAUCAAAUGGCAAAGAAGCUCCACGAUGCACUCUCACGAGGAGACUGUGGCCUCGGUUCCAUGAUCAAGAUUAUCCUCGAGUUCUGCGGAAAAGGCGCCGGUAUCAAUGUUGAGGGCAUCUUCAAUGGCAUCUUUAAGAUUAUCUUCGAGCUCACUGGCGAGUUUAACGGUCUCCUCUUCCACGGUAUGGCCAGUGUUGGUGGCAUUGCCAAAGUCAUCUUGAAGGUCCUCAGCGGCGUCGCCCAUGCCGGUCUCAACCUCGCAGACUUCAUUGCAAAGAUCGUUGAAAUGUUCAGCCACGGUCGCUUCGAUCUUGCCGAACUACUGAACGCUGUCGUCUCCUCCCUCAGUCAGGCUGGAGUCCACCCCCGCCAUAUCGGCGAGGUCAGCAAUGAGCUCAUGCUGCUGUCCGAGAGAUCCAGCGUUGCCGCCCGUGACGAAAUGAUCCAUGCCCGCAGUCUGUUGGACAUCCCCAAGCUGAUUGCCGCAAUUGUUUCUUGUUUCCCGCAUGGUCAGAAGCCCGACUGGGGAAGGGCUGCUACGCUUAUCCUGAUGGUCGUCAAGGAGCUUGUUGUUGGUAUCGGCAAAUUCUUCAUCCCCGGCCUCGGCGCCAUCGCUGGCCGUGAUGAAGAUGAAGUUGCAGUUGCUGCCAGAGGCAUCGCCAUUGGCCGUGGUCUCAAACUUGGUCAAGGCGCCGACUGGCCCCGCUUCGCUCAGGAGGUCGUCGAUCUGAUCAUGCACUUCAGCGUCGGCGGGCUCAUCAAACUCAUCAUCCGCUUCUUCACCCUCCUCUUCAAGCCAAAGAAGGCCUAAACUAGUUACUUGACGGCCAAAUUCGAGAAUCUGGGAGCCUUGAGGGCGACUCUGCGGCAGUCAAAUGACCAUAUUUAUCUAUAUAUACACCACAGUUUUUAGAGACUGGUGGGAAAUGGAUAGUUGAAUUUAUCAUGGAUAAUGCUGUAUAUACCUUUAUUUAAUUCCCCUUUCUUUUAAUCGACUUAUUUCUUUUUCCUGUCUCUGUUUUCGUCCCUUAAAUAUGUACAUA